AUGGCCUCUGGCGAAUCAAAGGACAGAGUCAUCAGGCAACGCAAUGAGAUCCAAGACUACGUCGAUGCUCGAUAUUUAUCAGCUUGUGAGUCUAUGUGGUGGACUUUCGUAUUCCACAUACACAAAAGAAAGUCAUCAGUUGAGAAGCUUAUCAUUCACUUAGAAGGCGAACAUAAUAUCACGGUUAAAAAAACUGAUAACCUCGGCCGUGUAAUCUGCAAACCAGAUAUCAAGAAGACCAUGUUCACUGAAUGGAUGGUUUUAUGCAGAAGGUCAGAGUUUGCACGGACAUUAACGUAUGUGCAAAUACCAGAAUAUUUUGUAUGGAACAACAAUGCUAAGGUGUGGACUGAACGUAAGAAAGGCAAAACCAUUGGGAGAAUCGUAGCUGUUCAUCCAUCAGCAGGUGAUCGUUACUAUCUAAGGAUCCUCAUUAAUAAGAUUAAGGGUCCUAGAAGUUAUGACGAGCUCAAAACAUACAACAGUGUGAAAUAUCAUGACUUCAAAUCAGUUUGCUACGCACGCGGCUAUUUGGACAACGAUGUUGAAUGGCAUGAGAGUAUGUCAGAGGGUGCUAGAUGGGCUACCCCAUACCAACUCUGCGAUAUGUUUGUCACGUUCCAAAACAACUGCUUCGUUACGAGUCCUAAAAACCUACGGGAAAACUCAUGGAGAUCAAUGAGCGAGGACAUUCUUCACAAGAGGCAAAGAAUUUUAGGUAAUACAAAUCUGGAGCUGGAUGAUGAUACCCUUGAGCAAUACACGUUAAUCGAAGUAGAAAAGUUGAUGCGCAUGCAUGACCGCUCAUUGGGUGAUAUUAAAGAGAUGCCAAAGAUGAAACAUGUUUUGCUAAACGAACUGGGAAACAAUUUUUGGAACCAAGAACUGGAUUACGAUAUUGCCGAGGAAACACUAAGACAUGGCAUGCAAUUCAACAAACUUAAUGCUGAUCAACGUGCGAUUUACGAAUCAGUCUUAGACUCAGUUGAUAAAAUGGAUGGGAAGCUAUUCUUUGUAUAUGGCGCAAGUGGCACACGGAAAACAUUCCUAUACCAAACCAUUAUAUCAAGGAUUCGAUCAAGAAAACAGAUAGUUCUGCUAGUUGCCUAUUCAGGAAUAGCCGCACUGUUGCUACCUAACGGUAGAACAGCGCAUUCACGCUUCAAUAUCCCUUUAAAGCUCACCGAAGAUAAGCUCUGCAACAUCAAACUAAGAACAAUGCUGGCUGAGCUAAUCGAGAAAACGGAUCUUAUAAUAUGGGGCGAAGCACCUAUGACACAUAAGCAUGCUUUUGAGGCCCUCGACAAAACGUUGAGAGACAUAAUUUCUAGAAAAAAUCCUUCUGCAAAGGAUAAGACUUUUGACGGCAAGACAGUUCUAUUAGGAGGUGAUUGUAGACAGAUACUACCUGUGAUUCCACAAGGUAACAGAGCUGAUACUGUCUUAGCUUCAAUAAGUCACUCAUACCUAUGGGAUAGUUGCCACAAGUUCUCUUUAAAAACAAAUAUGAGAGUCAACCAGGAAGAAAAAGAGUUCUCCGAUUGGCUCCUUCAGGUUGGGGAAGGUCAUCCACAAUUAGAAUCGCGAUAUGAGUGUGAAGACUACCAUAAACAAAUGAUAACUGUCGAUAAAUCAUUGAUUCGUCAGAGUUAUGUUGACCCAUUAAAAGAAGUUGUUGAUGCCGCAUAUGGAGAAGUCAACAAACAUACAAAUUCCCAGACCUCCUACACUGAUAAAGCUAUACUCACACCAUGUAAUGAAACCGUCGAGGAAAUCAAUGCUUAUACCAUCUCACAGACCGACGGGGUGUCAAGAGAUUACUUCAGCUCAAACAGCUUUGAGAUAUCAGACACUAAAUCAGAUCAAAAUGAUACAUUAUACGUUUUCAUAUUCCUUUUUAUUUUUUUCUUCUCUAUAUAUUGA